AGAAGAAGCCGGACUUAAAAGAGGAAGAAAACAAAUCCAAAAGUGCCUUGUGACCUGCUGCUGAGGAAGCAGUCCACUCAGCUGGCGUCGGCGGUGUCCAUCAUUUUGCAGAGAUGGCCGGUCUGGGCCGGGCAAAGAGAUGGCUAGCUGCUCAGCUGCUGCUCCUGUUGACGCUAACCAACAUCUCUGAGUCCGGAGUGUAUCUGUUGGCUCCACAUACUGUCACGCUUGAGGAAAACUCUCAGGACAACAUCACCAUAACUCCCAGUUCCCCUCUCAACCAGUCAGCCGUGAUUCAGUUGAAUGUGACAUUCAGCUCCAAGUUGAACUACUCGUCUAUAAUCACAGUGCCUGAGCAGGUGUUGCUGCCAGCGGAUACAACCUCUGUGAGUUUCAAUGUGACGGCCCACGAUGUCGGUCAGGUGACCACGUACCUGCUUAGCAACAACACAGACCUCAACAGUUUGUCCUUCAGGAUCCACUUCAUGGUUGUCCAUAGCAGCGUCCUGUCGGUGAUCAGCCAGGUGAUUGGCUGGAUUUACUUUCUGGCCUGGUCGGUGUCCUUCUAUCCACAGGUCUGGGAGAACUGUAGGAGGAAGAGUGUUGUAGGUCUCAACUUUGACUUCCUGGCUCUCAACCUGACUGGCUUCAUCGCCUACAGUGUCUUCAACAUAGGGCUGUUCUGGGUACCUUAUAUAAAGGAGGAGUUUCUGAAGAGCAACCCGAAUGGAAUUAACCCCGUCAGCGCUAACGAUGUCUUCUUCAGUCUCCAUGCUCUCCUGCUCUGUGUGGUCUACAUCAGCCAGGCUGCUGUGUUUGAGAGGGGGGGUCAGAAGGUCUCCCGUACGGCCGUGGUCUUGUUGGUGAUUGGCUGGACCUUUGCCUUGGUCAGCUUGUUUCUGGCUGUAGCCAAACAGAUCACCUGGUUGGAUUACCUCUACUAUGUCUCCUACAUUAAGCUAGCAGUCACUCUGGUCAAAUAUGUGCCGCAGGCGUACAUGAACUACAAGAAACAGAGUACUGAAGGGUGGAGUAUAGGCAACGUGCUGCUGGACUUCACUGGGGGCAUCCUCAGUAUUCUACAGAUGAUUUUAGAGUCUUACAACAAUGACCAGUGGAGCCUCAUGUUUGGUGAUCCUACAAAGUUUGGCCUGGGUCUGUUCUCUGUGCUGUUUGACAUCCUCUUCAUGACUCAGCACUACUGUCUCUACCAACAGUCGCCACAGUACGAAGCUGUUGCAGUGCAACAAGAUGACUGACGCUGACACACAAUCACAAGGGAGCACACACGCCCGAUAUCAUCAGACGACAACGAGCACACAAUAAAUGAUUCACACAGGUGAAGAGCAGUCCUGCUAGGGGUCAUCUUUGACUCCCAUCAUGACAUGAUGCAGAGUUCUCUGGAGCAGGUUUCACACAUGUAGCUGCUCUGAGCUCAGUUCGCCGCCAGCUUGCCGCCAGCUUAAAUAUCUCAGGAUUUUUUUACCACUGUAUGAAAAUGUUUGUAAUGAUGAAUGUGUAAACACUUUUUAUUAAAUGCAAUGUCACAACUUAAAUCAA